UGUGUGAGUGUGUGUGUGUGUGUGUGUGUGUGUGUGUGUGCGUGCGCGUGUGUGUGUGAGAGAGAGAGGAAGAGAGAGAGAGAGGGAGAGAGAGGGAGAGAGAGAGCGCGGGUGUGUGUGUGUGUUGAGUUGCAGAACAAGGGGCAGGCAGAGGCUGAAGCAGUGCAGAGCAGCAGCAGUAUGCAAGCAUGGUUCUAAUACUGCAUCACAUCCUCAUUGCACUCUUUCAAUCUUUCAGGCGAGGACAGCAAGGCACGGUGAAACCAGAGAGUGAGCCAGCUCAGUCUGUUGCUGUCCAGAACAUUGAACAACAUGCAGACUCAAGUGCAGGGAGAGAGGCAGAGAUCACCACUGUAAAGAACGCGAAGACCUGCCCCAGCAAAGGGAAAGCGAGGAGAGGCAACAAGGACAGGCAGAGAGGCAAGCAGAGCUUCAUGGAGAGCCAGUGCAGUUGUGAGCAGGGAAGAGGCCAGGAAGUACAGAAACAAGUGAAGAGCAAGAAGCAGCAGAACUUGCAAAGUACCUGUGCAAUUUCCACACACUCCUAUAAUGCUCAAGAGGAAUCACUUCUCCAUCUCGCCUCUGUUAUCGAUACUAUCUCCCUACGAGCUGUCAUCAGCGAUGCGCUAUCAACGGUCAUCCCAAAAGUGGAGAGUAUCUACAUCUACCUUCUGGAUGUCAAGUCGAGCAAGCUGCUGUGUGACAACCCCCCGCACGAGAUGUCCAAGGAGGGGAGGCUGAGGGAGGCUGUCAUCACCAAGCAACGCAUCAAAUGCAACGGGCUGCACAAGACGGACAUUCAGGUGCCGAGGAUGAGUCACCUGGUGGCUCCUCUACCAAACGACAAGCAAAUAAUGAUUCUCCCAGUUAUAGACACUGACAUGGGAAGAGUAAUCGGCGUGAUUUUGGUUUACUGUGGGCUCCUGAACGAUGUUGACGAACCAUGCCUUCACAUUCUGGAGAGACACAUUUGUGCAUCCUGCAAGCGAGUCCAGGCCCUCCUCAAUCCCUUAAGUUGGAGUCGCUUCAAUAUAGACCAGGCCCCAGUGCAGAGACAGAGAUCCCGGGAGUCUUCGACGAACUGGACCGUAAAGUUCUUCAGUUUUACAACGGAGACCCAGUCAAUGUGUUGUUGCAUGCUGGUUGUAGCAGAAGGCGACACUCAUCUCUUCUGCCAGGUGGUUGGAGACAAGGUCCUGGAGGAGGAGAUUAUCUUCCCGCUGGAGUUUGCACAUCUGGAGCAGUCUGAGGGCAACAAUAAAGCCCUGACCUUGAACGACAUCAGUGCGGAACAACACACGAAGCUGAACAGCAUCCUGGGGUUUGAGGUUCGCACCAUGUUAUGUGUUCCUGUCAUCUGUCGGGCCACAGAUCAAGUCGUCGCCUUAGGAUGUGCGUUUAACAAGCGAGCCGGCAACUAUUACACGGAGGUGGACGAGCAGACGAUUCGGCACUGCUUCCGUUACACGGCUACUGUCCUCACCAGCACCAUGUCGGUGCAAGAGCAGAAGCUGAAGAUCGAAUGUCAGGCUCUACUUCAAGUUGCCAAGAACCUGUUCACACACUUAGAUAACGUUACAGUGCUCCUUCAAGAAAUCAUUCAGGAAGCACGGAACCUUACCAAUGCGGAGAGCUGUUCUGUGUUUCUGUUGGAGCAGAACAACAAAGAACUGGUUGCAAAGGUGUUCGAUGGAGGAUUUGUAACUGAUGAGUCCGCAGAGUUCCGGAUGCCGGCCGACCAAGGUAUCGCUGGUCACGUGGCAACCACCGGCGAGAUCCUCAACAUCAAGGAUGCCUACUCCCACCCGCUGUUCUACCGGGGCGUCGACGACACCACCGGCUUCCGCACCAGGAACAUCCUUUGCUUCCCCAUCAUCGAUGAGAACAACCAGAUCGUGGGUGUGGCCGAACUGUGUAACAAGGUGAACGGGCCGUGGUUCACCAAGUUCGACGAGGACUUGGCUCUGGCCUUCUCCAUCUACUGCGGCAUCAGUAUUGCUCAUUCACUGCUGUACAAGAAGGUUCACGAAGCCCAGUACAGAAGUCACCUGGCCAAUGAGAUGAUGAUGUACCACAUGAAGGUCACAAACGACGAGGUUAUGAAACUCUUGCGGUAUGGCAUUCAACCGGUGGUCGAAAUCAGUCCUGACUUUGCCAAGUUCACCUUCACUCCACGCUCUGUCCCUGAGGAAAACACCACCAUGGCAGUCCUGAGUAUGGCUCAAGAUAUGGGAUUCACCACCAACUAUAAGAUUGACUUGAAGACGCUGGCGAGGUUCUGCAUGAUGGUGCGGAGGGGUUACCGAGACCCUCCCUACCACAACUGGAUGCACGCCUUCUCCGUCACCCACUUCUGUUACCUCCUCUACAAGAACCUGCCGCUGCUAGACUAUCUGCUUGACCUUGAGAUCCUCGCUUUGUUUGUCUCCUGUAUGUGCCAUGACCUGGAUCACCGUGGGACCAACAACUCCUUUCAAGUGGCAUCGAAGUCGGUGUUGGCUGCAUUGUACAGCUCGGAAGGAUCAGUGAUGGAGAGGCACCACUUUGCUCAGGCCAUUGCCAUUCUAAACAGUGAGGGCUGCAACAUCUUUGAGUCGUUCUCUCGGAAGGACUACCAGAAAAUGCUGGACUUGAUACGGGAGAUUAUCCUGGCGACCGACAUGGCUCACCACAUCGAGAUCUUUCCCGAACUGCAGGAAAUGGUUAAAGCUUACGAUAAAGAGAACUAUAACCACCACAAUCUCCUCCUGUACCUGAUGAUGACAACCUGUGACCUCAAUGACCAGACCAAAGGAUGGAAGACCACUAUAAAAACAGCGGAGCUGAUUUAUAAGGAAUUCUUUUCACAAGGAGAUUUGGAGAAGGCAAUGGGGAACCAUCCCCUUGAGAUGAUGGAUCGAGAGAAGGCGUAUGUUCCCGAUCUCCAGAUCAACUUCAUGGAACAUAUUUGCAUGCCAACUUACAAGCUUCUGAUGGAUAUCCUCCCGCAGGCGGAACCUCUUUACCAGCAAGUAAAAGAGAAUCGAGAUCAAUGGAUUAAAGUGUCCCCUAAAUUCACCUUCACAGGGCUUCCAAGCAACAGUACUUUGGACUUUCUCAGUGAGAAUGAAGACUCCCAAUUGACCUCAGCAGACACAUCCUCGACGACCAAGCUCCCAGUGGUCAGAGAAACCACUUCUAAUCAAUAAUAAUUAUUUUUAUUGCAGUUUAAACGAACAGAACAAAAAAAUACAAAAAAAAUUCAUUGAAGCAUCUGAAAUCUGCAAACAUUGGUAUCCUUAAAUGUGAUUUUUAUAGGGCCUGAUUAUUAAUUGUCACUGGCAUUCUCUCUCACACAUUUUCCUUUUGCCGGACUUCUUUUGACUUUCUAUUCGGCAUAGUUCACAAGAUAUAUCCCAGGCAAUGCAGGGUUUUAUCGAACAGAAUUAUCAGUGAGUUAAGUUUCGGCUUGGUGAGAAGGGGGAUAAAUUUGGAGAAGGGAACGACAGUGAGGCUGGAAGGUUUUGGGAGGGAGUUCGGAGAUCAGGGACCGGGCUGCUGGUGGAGUGACGGGAGGCAAGGAUUGGAGGAGUGCGGGGAUUCUGGAGGGGAGGGAGGUGGGGGGUGACACCCAAACAGGAGGCCUCAUUUUAAAAUCAAGGUGUUUCUGGACACAGAAAGUAUGGGAUCACUGGAGCAAACUGGGAAGAAGACUCGUUGUGGGGGUAGGAGCCGGGGUUUGGGAUGAGCUGGCGGUUACAGAGAGCUAACCAAAUUGAGUUAAAAUGGUCACCCAGGGGAAAUUAGCCUGACCCACCUCCCCACCUUUGCCACUUCUCCCUCUCCACUGGGUCAAGGAUAUUCAGGAGCAGAUUCCCAUUGGGAAUCCUGGGAUGAGAGGGUUGUUCCACCAAGAGAGACUGAAUAAUUUGGACCUGUAUUCUUUGGAGUUUGGAAGAGAGAAAUGACCUUAUUCAAACAUAUAAGAUCCUAAGGGGGGUUUGACAGAGUAGAUGUUGGUAGGGGUGUUAGUAUAAGAGUAAGGAAAUCAUGCUGUAGCUGUAUAAAACUUUAGUCAGACCGCACUUGGAGUAUUGUGUGCGGUUCUGGUCGCCCCAUUACAGGAAGGAUGCGGAGGCUUUGAAAGAGUGUAGAAGAGGUUCACCAGGAUGCUGCCUGGAUUAUAAGGAAAGGUUGGACAAACUUGAGUUGUUCUCCAUACAGCGUUCAAGGUUGAGGGGAGACCUGAUAGAGGUUUUUAAAAUUAUGAGAGGCAUAGAUAGGGUAGACAGUCAGAAUCUUUUCCCCAGAGUAGAAAUGUCAAACACCAAAGGACAUGCUUUUAAGGUUAGAGGGGGGAAAGUUUAAAGACAAUGUGACAGGCAAGUUUCUUUUACACAGAGAGUAGUGGAUGCCUGGAAGGCCGUGCCAGGGGUAGCGGUGGAAGCAGGCAGUUUGGUGGAGUUUAAGAGGCUUUUAGACAGACACAUGAAUAUGAAGGGAAUGGAGGGAUGUGGAUGAUACACAGGAGGAGGACAUUUAGUAUAAAUUGGCAUCAAGAUCGGUACAACAUCGUGGGCCGAAUGGCCUGUGCAAUGCUGUACUGUUCUAUGUUCUCACUGGGGAAGAGCCUUGCAUAAGGGGACAUAACUACAAGAUAAAGGGCAGUCAUUUAAAACUGACGUAUGUAGAAAUAUCUUCUUGCAGAAGGUGAUGGAUCUCUGGAAUUCUUUGCCCCUGGGGGUGAUGGAAGCUGGAUCAUUAGAAGUGUUUUAAGAGGAGGGGUAGAUCGAGGAAUUGAGUGUUAUGGAGAAAUGGCAUAGAAGGGAGUUGAGGCCAGCAUAGAUGAGCUGUGAUCAUAUGAAAUGGUAGGGCAGGCUUGAGGGACCUGGGGACCUACUCCUACUCCUACUCCUAUUUUCUUGUGUUCGUUGGUGAUGGACAUUUGGGUUUGCAUGAUAAUUUGACAGCUCCUAGUCACUUGUUAAUCAGGUGAUAUCCCAACCCUGGGUAAUGGUGUGUACAGUCACAUCCACAGGUGGGGUAGUCAAAUUCGCCACAAGAAGGAUGGGCAACCAGGGUGCUGAGGUAGACCAGGGCACCAUGUGGGGGCUUUGGGGGUAUUUAGGUUGAGAUUGCUUUACCUCUACCGAGGUUGUGGCUGCUCCUUGUCUGUGUCUCCACAAUUAUUUAUGAGGGGCAUAGACAGGGUGAAAGGGCACAGUCUUUUUCCCAGCGAGGGGCUGCUAAAAACAAGGGGGCAUAGGUUUAAGAUCAGAGGCGAGAGAUUUAAAAGGGACAUCAGGGGUAGCUUCUUCUCACAGAGGGUAGUGCGUAAUUGGAUGAGCUGCCAGAAGUAGUGGUUGAGGCGGGCACAUUAGCAACAUUUAAAAUUCAUCUAGAUAAGUCCAUGGAUAGGAGGGGUUUAGAGGGCCAUGGGCCAAACGCAGGCAGAUGGGACUAGCUCACUGGGCAAGACAGUCGGCAUGGACGAGUUGGGCCGGAGGGCCUGUUUCCAUGCUGUAAGACUACUCCAGGUCCUUGCCAACCUCCUCCAGCCUCUGAUUCCUUGCCCCGGGUAUGUAUCACUGGGCGAGAUUCUCCUCUCAGCAUUCCCACUGACGUUAUUGUCACUGUGUGGCACACAGCCCACCUCACCCAGUUCCCAGAGAGGCGGAUCGCUCCUUCCCACUGAAACGCGGCGCACAGACACAAUCACAGCAUUUGUGAUCUCGAUGGAAUGGUCUGCCCAUCAUCCAACCCUUGGCCGUGGUUACUGUGAUGACGUAGAGUGUGUGUGCAUCUUUCUGAUUAGGAUUAAAGACAUCUGCGUCCUGAUAAAUUUCCAUCUGCUCUUGUUAAACAGGAAAUAAAUUCCACUGAGUUGCUUCACAGUCCUGGAGAGGAAAAGGUUUGUUUUCCAUUGGGCCUGGGUGUCAUUGGGAAGGCCAGCAUUUAUUGCCUGUCCCUAAUUGCCCCUUGAAGAGGUGGAGGUGAGCUGCCUUCUUGACCUGCUGCAGUCCUUCUGGUGAAGGGGCUCCCACGGUGCUGUUGGGGAGGGAGUUCCAGGAUUUAGACCCAGUGACGGUGAAGGAACGGCGAGAUAUUUCCAAGUCGGGACGGUGUGUGACCGGGAGGGGAACCUGCAGGUGGUGGUGUUCCCCUGCACCCGCUGCCCUUGUCCUUCUGGGUGGGAGAGGAGGUGGGUUUGGGAGGUGCUGUCGGAGUAGCCUGGGUGAGUAACUGCAGUGCGUUGUGUAGACGGUGCACACUGCAGCCCCUGUGCGCCGGUGGUGGAGGGAGGGGGUGUUUGGGGGGGUGGAUGGGGUGUCAAGUCAAGUGGGUUAUUUUGUUCUGAGUGGUGCAGAGCUUCUUGAAAGCUGGAGCCGCAUUCACCCAGGCAAGUGGAGAGGGUCCAUCACACUCCCGACUUGUGCCUUGUAGACGGUAGAGAGACCUUGGGGUGUCAGGUGGUGAGUCAUUCACUGCAGAAUCUCCAGCUUCUCUUGUAACCACGGUAUUUUUGUGGCCAGUUUUAUAGAGACGGCACCUGUUCACGUGUCACACCAGCCUUCCUUCAGUGGGCUUUUGUGCUUUAGAAAGUCCAGUCGCGGUAAGAGCUUCCCUCUUGCUUUUCCAUUGUCUGUGGCUGAGUAACAUUGACAGGACGCGAGAGCUGUUCCAAACAAACUCUGUUCCCGGUACAGAAACAAGUGAAGCCACUCGCCCCUCCUAACCAGCGUCACCCACGCGGUAACAAAGGCACUGAGAGACAGCAAGCAGAGUGCUGGUGGCUUCCUGCAAGACAUCCUGUAGAGUGCACAUCACUGUGGAAUAAGAGCCAUUGCCAUGGGACAUGUCUAAGCUUAUCUACAUAUCACUCGGCACAAUCCGGGUAGUCUGAUUAUUGUAAAUAUUAAACAUUUAUGUUUCUCAAUAAAUUAUG